AUGAACGCGCACCACGCCUCCCUCUCCCUCCUGGUGGCGGUCGUGCUAUUGAGCUCCUUGCCCCAGCUCGAGUUUACCAUCGACGUCACUGCCUCCUUCAAUCCCAACGCCCCGACCCCUUGCGAGUACUGCGACUCCAAAAACAGCAUGGACUACCGCGAGGGAGCUAGAACUGAAUGCACCUACCCCAUUGGUGACAACAUUCCAAGCGACGAUUGCCAAAUGAGGUGGGGCUCAGUAAACUUGGGCGAAAACCCCACACCGCUUUGCUUUAACGCUAGCGGUGCCGGCUUCCGCGGCUUGAGGGGCGUCACCCUCAUCUCCAACCCAACAGACGACACCCCCACUAAGAUUGGGUUCUUCGAGACUACCAACACCGGCAGUCGGAGCGACUGUGAUCCGAGCUUUCAGUACCAUGAUAAAACUUGUGAUGAUCGGUUCACUUUCAACACGGACAUCGGGUUGCAGGCCAGCUUCGUUUUCGAGAAUGUUCGCUAUACGCUCGAGAUCGCUGGCUUCAGCCAAGGCGAUAGCCUGCAGCCCGUUCGCUACUUCAGCACACGUGAGCAGAACGCCAGCCGAGCUGAUGUGUAUGCGCGGCUCAUCACCGUCUGUGAUUCCACUGAGUGCGGACCCAAUGAGCAAUUCUUCAAGGAGAACUGCACGUGCGGAUGUCUCUUGGAUAGUGAUCUCUGCCAGGCCACCCUCGGCCCCAACUGGACACUGGACGAGUCCGCCUGUGACUGCAUUUGCGGUCUCAACGCCACCACCGCCAACUGCACGGCUGGCGAGAUGUGGAGCGCAGACUCGUGCAGCUGCGGAUGCAACCUCACUGACGCUUACUGUUCAACGAUUAACUCAACGUUUGAGGUCGUCGGUGAGGCGGAAGAGUGCCUGUGUGGCUGCCCGCGCGACUCGGCGCUCUAUUGCGCGCGAACAAAGGGCCAGUUCUACGCGCCCGCCGGCAACUCGUGCGUGUGUGCGUGCGCGGUGACGGACGACAAGUGUCGCGAGGCCUUCGGCGAGGGCUAUACGGUCGAUGUGGAAGCCAACAACUGCGGUUGCAUCAUCCCUGGCGGCGGCGGCCUCAGCGACGGCGACAUCGCCGGUAUCGUCAUCGGCUCGGUCGUGGGCGGUUCUCUCUUGGCCGGCCUCUUCAUUGCCGCCGGUGCCCUGCUGAUCUACCUGAUUCGCGCCGGCAAGAUCGCCGGCAUCUACGGGUACAAGCUCGAGCCGGCCCUCCUUGAUGGCGUCAACGAAUCGCCGCUCUACAACAGCCCCUGGAGCAACAACAGCCCUCUCAACUCGUAG